AUGGCAAGUUUGGAAGGGCUGACAAAACUUCGAUCAUUGUUUUCCGCUCCACGGGUUCUGUCUUUCACAUCAAAUACGCCAAUAGCCGCUUAUUUGCUACCAAGUACGGACGCUCAUCAGGUUCGAUCGUUCAUACAGAAGUUGGCACGACUCUUUUAGAGCGAGUACCUGUCGGACUACGACUUCCGCGUACGCUUUCUGUCUGGAUUCUCAGGCUCCAACGCCUAUGUCGUUGUGACCACGACUAAAGCUCUUUUAUGGACAGAUGGUCGAUAUUUUGCACAAGUGAAUCAUUUGUUCGAAUCUUCUACUUGGGAUGCUGUAAAAGAAAAAUCAAGCUUCAUUUGUCAGGCAAAUCGACAAUUGGAUGCAAACUGGAAGCUCAUGAAACAGGCUGUGCCGGAAGCUAUCAGCGUUGUAGACUGGCUUAUAAAGGAACUACCUGCGAACUCUUACAUUGGAUUCGACCCUUCUCUGCACACGUUCGGUUCGAAAGUUUAGUUUCAAACUUAUCGCGGUUGAAUAUUCCAGAGGGUGGAAAAUCGUUGAGGGAGAAGUUAAAAGCGGCUGGAUUGACGCUCGUUCCUAUCUCUGGAAAUUUAGUAGAUGAGUUCUGGGCAGACAGGCCGUCGUUGGGAAACAAGCAGAUUGUCGUUUUGAACGAGUCUGAGCACGGAAAGGAGGUCAAGGUCAAGGUUCGGGACCUGAGGCAGUCUUUGGAGAAGAAAAACUGCACGGCCGCUGUUUUCACAGCUCUUGAUGACAUAGUUUGUAAGUCUGAAGGUGUGUUUCCAGAUGAGAAACCCAUUGCAGGGCUUCUCAACAUUCGUGGUUUCGAUAUCAAGUACAACCCGCUUGUUUAUUCCUAUCUGCUAGUGACAAAGAGCGAUGUUCAUCUAUUCAUCGACGAAAAUCGAAUUAGCGGUGACGUAAGUUUUCCUGUUGGGACUUGUAACAGCAAAGCUUCGUGUUAAAGCUUUCCAUAACUGCAAUUAGGAUUUUCCUGUGGCAAAAAUACUUUUUUCAACCUUUUUUUCUCAGGCUAGAGGACAUUUCGCAGAAUCGAAUGUUCAUAUCCACAAGUACGAAGAUGCAACCAGAUUUUUGACUAACUGGCAUAAGAACCUCGAAUCCAGCGAUGGCCAUCGGGUCAGUUGUAUGAAAGGUCAACAAAAAUGAUAUAUAUGUAGGUAUUCGUGCCGAUCUCGGCAAACUACGCCAUCGGCAACAUUUUUGGGCCCAAUCAUACCAUGGUGGAUGUUUCGCCGAUUCAGGUUUUUCACACUUCUUUUGUACUCACUACGAUUUUUUUAUUCUUUUUAAGAUUUCGAAAGCUGUGAAAAACUAUGUAGAGAUGGAGGGGAUGCGAAGAAGUCAUGUAAGUGAACCCUUAACGCAAAUUUAUUGAAUUUUUCACAAGAAGGUUUGAAAAAAGUUUCCGUAGGCAAAAAAAAAAUCACUUUUUUGUUGUAAUGGAUUAAUUGUUUAUAUUCUGAGGAAAUCAGACUCUUUUUUACUCUUUACUUGGUCUAAUCUUUCACGUGAUCUUUUUACUAGAUCAUGCCUUUUUACAUAAUCAACAGUUAAUCUAACAAACCACCUUUUUACCGUAUCCUUUCGAUCAUAAGCUAUGACAGGUCCGAGAUAGCGCUGCGCUUGUCGAGUUCCUGUGUUGGCUGGAGAAAGAACUACUGGCCGGAAAACAGUACUCGGAGAUCGAACUGGCCGCCAAAAUAGAUGGACUGCGCGCCAACCAGGAGAAAUUCGUUGACUUGAGGUUUUCCUAGUCUCGAUGACUCAUGUGCAGAAUUCGGCAGUUUCUCGACGAUUUCGGCUGUCGGCAGCCACGCCUCGUUCCCGCACUACCAUCCAGAGGGCGAGAAUGGUAAACGUCUGGCUUCUGCUUCUGAUGUCUAUUUAGUCGACUCCGGCGCUCAAUAUAGGCAAGUUUCUCAUUAGGUUGGCCGGUGAUUUAGGCGCAGGACCUACGCCCUAUUUCGGGUUAAGCUUGGUUAGGAUUUAGCUCUAGGUCUUUCGAUUCAUAUUUCAUUCCAAAAAUAGGAUUUGAAUAGGACAAUGAUUCUUGGACGUUCUUGAUUGAUAAAUGAUAUUUGCGAUCGAAACUUUUUUGGAGCUUUCUAUUUUGAAAAUGGUAGUAAAAUAAAUUCAAAAAUAGCGCUCCUUUUUGACCUCUUAUCACUCCUGAGCAAGUCAUCUUUAAUAUCCCAGUUUGUAGUAACAAUAUUUUUAAAUCUAUGCUAUCGAUACUUUAAAAUAACCGAAAAGGACUCAGUUUUUCACAUAUUUUGAUAACUAACAAAAAUACGUGGUGAAGAAGUUUUUUUAGUUCUUUGGUUUGAGCAGAGGAAAAUUGAAGAGUUUGCCUUUUUUUCUUUAAAAAAAUUCUGCUGGAAAUUCUCUUUAUUUAUCCUGUUUUUUCCCAGAGUAUAAUCUAUUCAAAGAUUUUUACGCUGUGGAUGCUAAUAACAAAAAGGAUGCCUAUCUUUGAAAAAGGUACAUUUUAUGGAUGACAUCCCAACAAAAAGUGGAAAUCUCGCCAGUUCAGAGAUGGGACCACUGACGUCACACGGACUGUUUGGUUGAAAGAGCCGCCAGCGGAGUUCAUCAAAAACAACACUCUAGUUCUCAAAGGACACAUUCAUCUCGCAACGACAAUUUUUCCCGACGGUAUAAUCGGUGUUCGGCUGGACACUCUGUCGCGACACGCCCUUUGGCAGCAGGGCCUCGACUUCCAACACGGCACCGGCCACGGCGUCGGCCACUUCCUCAACGUCCACGAGGGACCCAGUGAGAAACAUUCUUCAUUUGGUCCAGCCCAGGAGGGUACUUUCAGGGACUCUUAAAAGCCCGACAGUAGUCGGAAUUCAUAUACCAUAUCAUCGAAAUUUUUAUUGCUCACACACUUGUUAUAAAUUCUAAGGAAAAUGUGGGAAAAUACGAUUAGUUGUGGUGAUGGAGUUGAGAGUAUUUGAGUAGUUUAGAGAGUAGUAAAACAGAAAGUUUGCGCAGGUGCUAGGAAAUUUCGGCUAGACCUCCUGAAAAAUUUCGAAAAACUCUAAAAAAAAUUCAAUCUUAAAACUUCCUUCCGCAGCAAAGAUUUCGAACUCAUUUCCGAAGUAACACUGCGAAUUAUGAAGAAGAAGAUUCAUUCGAGAAAAGUAAACAUCCUCGGUGGUUUUUUUUUUUCGCUGACUUGAACCAUCGAAAAAAAGGUUCCUGACACGAUAAUGCACGAGACAGUGCCUGGCUCGUGGAGAGCGCAGACAGGCCACGCCCCCUCAGCUUUCCAAGCUAGCUGUGAAUCAGCUAUAAUAGGUCAUUCAUUCGGUUAAUUCAGAAAUGAAUUUUCUAGACGAAGUUUGCAUAAAAAGGGAAAAUUGAAAUUCAGUUGGCAUCGGCUUCCGCUCGGUGGCCUCCGGCGGGGAGAUUCAUCCCAGUCAGGUGCUCACCAUUGAGCCAGGUUAUUAUCUUGAAGAAAAGUACGGAAUCCGUAUAGAAAACUGUUACGAGGUACGAUGAUAUUUUUUCAACCAUCUUUUUUCAAUCCUCGAUUUUUUAAAGACAGUCAAGGCGGAGAAUGUCCCAUCAAAAGCCACAAACUUUGUCACGUUCAAGGUGAAACAAGACUUUGACGUUUUCUGACAAUCAGCUUUCAGGCGCUCACACUGGUACCCAUUCAAACCGAUAUUAUCGACAAGUCUCUCCUCACUGCGGCGGAGGUUUGAAGCUUCGAGUUUCCAGAGAAACUCUCGAUUACAGAUCGACUGGCUGAACGCUUACCACGACAGAGUUCUCGCGGAAGUAGGCCAAUUUUUACGCAGUAAUGAGAAGGAAAACGUUCUCCAAUGGCUUCAAAACGCAUGCAAACACAUUUAG